AUGAAAGGAGUGUCACAUAUACUACAAUAUCUACUCUUUUUGAGUAUCUUCUCAGGCCUUACGGGAGUAUUAGCUGCAAAACCCUCGUCAUUUUGCAAAUGCACAUGUUUCUCGAAUAGCACAAUCAUCGAACUCCGACCUAUAAACACAGACAAAGACCUAUCGGACGGCUUAUUGAAACGAAGCGCCGAAUCAUCGGCAUCAUGGGGAUGGGAUUUCAACGAUUACGCUACGGCCAAAAUUAUUGCGCGAGAAGACUCAAAAGAGGAUGGUGAUACUAAGAAUAAACAAACGCCAAGCCGUAACCGAGGGUUGACGUGUAAUGACUGCAAUCGCGCAUUCUGUCUGGAUUAUAAUUUGCCGAAGUGUAAAGGCGCAAAGGAGGAGGAUGUUAUUGCAACUUGUUUCCAACGGGAUUCGAGGAAAGAUGAAGCAGUGGUUAUAAUUUUUAUACUUGCGACGAGUGGCUUGCUCAUUUGGGCCAUUCUGCGGCCUUGGGUGCAGGGGUGGGUAGAGGCUGCGAGAGAGCGAAGGAGUUAUAUUCCGGUUUCGCAUGGAGGGGGAGGGACUGACUAG